CUCUGCCCGAUAGCAGUGUGCGGAUACCGAGCGAGAGAGAGAGCACAUAGUAAAUACGGAGACAGAGAGGAACGAGGGAGAAAGCAAAGAAAGGUAGAGUGAAAGAGGAAGAGAGUGGAGAAAGGAAGAGAGAGAAGUAAAGAGAAGCAGCAGCUUUGAGUUUUGAAAUGAAGUCUCUCCGCUUUCUGGCGGCAGAGGGCGUAGCACAUGCGCGGACGCAGCCGGAGGAUCUGAGCUGCCUGGCGUGUGACCUGUACCCCGUCCUGUUCAAGGCCUGUUACCUGCACGAGCGGCCGACCCUGCUGCAGCAGCUAGUGCGCACCUGGCCGCUGGCGCAGCUGAACCUGCAGGAGCUGCUGGGGAGAACCCUGGACUGCCCAGAGGACCUGACAUCACGGACCUGCCAGCUGUGCCUGGAGGCGGUGCUGAGGGGGCUGCGGGACCACGUCCUGCAGGGCGGCGCGCCCCGCGUGUCCUACAGGGCGGCGCUGCGGGUGGCGGACCUCACGGCUCUGAGAGACACGGAGCACCAGGCCUGUCCCUGCCGGCGGUCGCUGGGCCCCUGGGGCCGGACGGCGCUGCUCACACGGGUGUGCUGUGAGGUUCUGCUCGCCACGCACGGGGGCGGGGCUCCAGAACCCGCUGACCCGGCCCAGGCUCCGCCCACAGACCCGGCCCAGGCCACGCCCACAGACCCGGCCCAGGCUCCGCCCACGGACCCGGCCCAGGCUCCGCCCACGGACCCGGCCCAGGCCACGCCCCCAGUGGAGGUGUGGCUGGACGCCUUCGUGACAGGGCGGAGCUUCGAGGCGGUGUCCCAGGUGAUGCUCCUGCGGCAGCACUGUCCGCUGCGGCCCUGCUUCCUGCGUUUCCGUGGCGACUCGCUGACGCCGCGGCAGCUGAUGUCCGUGCUGAAGCUGGCGGACACGCCACGCAUGCGUGCGCUAGACCUGGUGCACAACGUGCCGCUGGGAGAGGAGCACGUGCACCUCCUGCUGGCCCAGCUGCACCUGCCACGCCUGCACUCCCUCACCCUGCCCACCGGAGCCAUCGACAUCCGCCGCCUCCACACGCACACACUGCCGCUGCUCAGCGCCAUCGGGGACCAGCUCAGCCUCCUCACUGACCUCACACACCUGCACCUGGCCUUCAAUACUCUCACUGGACACGCACGCAAGCUGCUUAGCCCCCUGCAGACUCCGCUGCGGGAGUUGGAGCUGGCAAACUGCGCUCUGAGUUCGGUGGACAUGGCGUACCUGGCCAACAGUCUGCACGCAGAACACCUGGAGUCGCUGGACCUGAGCGGGCACGACCUGGCCCAGAUGUGCCCCCUGACCUUCCCCAAACUGCUGCUGCGCUGCGCCAAGUCCCUGACCUGCCUGGUGCUGGAGGAGUGCACCCUGGGACAGCCUCAGGAGGAUUUCCUGCUGCGCGCCGUGGCGCCCUGCCACGCCCUGCGAGAGCUAAGGAUUGUGGGUAACCCGCUGGGCGUGGCAGCACAGCGGAGGCUCCUGGCGAUGCUGGCAGAAUUCCCGGCCCUGCGGUACGUGGAGUUCCCGGUCCCUCGGGAAUGCUACCCUGCCGACGCCGUGUUCCCGCUGGACGAGGCUGCGCUGGGCCGGUUCGAUGGGCCCGGGUUCGAGCGCGCGCGCGGGGAGCUGCUCUCCGUCCUGCAGGCUGCGGGGAGAGGGGACGUGCAGCUCUGCACCCCCCUGUAUGGAGCCUUCGACCCCCACAUCCACGAGACCAGCAGCGAGCUGGGGGCGGCCAUGCUACAGGCCUUCAGAGACACCAUCGGGAAGUACAUGAACACUGUCACACACACAGAGUGAGACACACACACACACACACACACACACACACACACACACACAC